CGCGGGAGCCCGCCAGUCACCCAGCCAUCCGCCGCAGCUUCUCCGGCUACCUGCUCGACCCCGAGGCCUAGGGCAUCAUGGCCUUCGCCGGCCUGCGCAAGGUGCUCAUCAGCGACAGCCUGGACCCGUGCUGCCGGCGGAUCCUGCAGGACGGGGGGCUGCAGGUGGUGGAGAGACCGAACCUGAGCCGGGACGAGCUCAUCGCCGAGCUGCGGGACUGCGAAGGCCUUAUCGUCCGCUCAGCCACCAAAGUCACCGCCGACAUCAUCAAUGCAGCCGAGAAGCUCCAGGUGGUGGGCAGAGCUGGCACGGGCGUGGACAACGUGGAUCUGGAGGCCGCCACGAGGAAGGGCAUUCUGGUCAUGAACACCCCGAACGGGAACAGCCUGAGUGCUGCGGAGCUCACGUGCGGGAUGAUCAUGUGCCUGGCCAGGCAGAUUCCCCAGGCGACAGCGUCCAUGAAGGAUGGCAAAUGGGACCGGAAGAAGUUUAUGGGAACAGAGCUGAAUGGAAAAACUCUGGGGAUUCUUGGCCUGGGCAGGAUCGGGAGAGAGGUGGCCACCCGGAUGCAAUCCUUUGGGAUGAAGACUGUAGGAUACGACCCCAUCAUCUCUCCAGAAGUUUCGGCCUCCUUCGGCGUGAUGCAGCUCCCUCUGGAGGAGAUCUGGCCUCUCUGCGACUUCAUCACGGUGCACACGCCUCUUCUGCCCUCCACCACCGGCUUACUGAACGACAGCACCUUCGCCCAGUGCAAAAGGGGCGUGCGCGUGGUGAACUGCGCCCGAGGCGGGAUUGUGGACGAGGGCGCCCUGCUCCGGGCGCUGCAGUCCGGUCAGUGUGCAGGAGCCGCACUGGACGUGUUCACAGAAGAGCCGCCUCGGGACCGAGCGCUGGUGGACCACGAGAAUGUCAUCAGCUGUCCCCACCUGGGCGCCAGCACCAAGGAGGCCCAGAGCCGCUGUGGGGAGGAGAUCGCCAUGCAGUUCGUGGACAUGGUGAAGGGGAAGUCCCUAGCGGGGGUGGUGAAUGCGCAGGCGCUUACCAGCGCCUUCUCCCCGCACACCAAGCCCUGGAUUGGCCUGGCAGAAGCCCUGGGAACACUGCUGCGUGCCUGGGCCGGGUCUCCCAAGGGUACCAUCCACGUGGUGACACAGGGAGCAGCUCUAAAGAACGCUGGCAGUUGCCUGAGCCCUGCUGUCAUGGUCGGCCUUCUGAAAGACCAGUCUAAGCAGGCGGAUGUGAACUUGGUGAAUGCCAAGCUGCUGGUCAAAGAGGCUGGCCUCAAUGUGACCACGUCCCACACGCCCUCGGUGGCCGACGCACAGAGCGACGGGGAAUGCCUUCUGAUCGUGGCGCUGGCUGGGGCCCCCUACCAGGCUGUGGGCGCUGUCCAGGGCACCACGCCUGUGCUCCAGGCACUCAACGGAGCUGUCUUCAGGCCUGAUGUGCCUCUCCGCCAGGGCCUGCCCCUGCUCCUGUUCCGGGCGCAGCCCUCCAACCCUGCCAUGCUGCCCACCAUGAUCGGCCUCCUGGCACAGGCAGGCGUGCAGCUGCUCUCUUACCAGACCUCGGUGGCGUCCAGUGGGGAGACGUGGCAUGCCAUGGGCCUCUCCUCCCUGCUGCCCAGCCUGGACGCGUGGAAGCAGCACGUGUCUGAGGCCUUCCAGUUCUGCUUCUAGCCUUGGAGCUUACUGGUCCUCCCACUGAUCCACAAUCCUGGGCUGGACAUGAGUACAACACUAUCCCCAGAAUAAAGAGCCUCCCUGGGUC